AUGACAUCAAAAAACAAAGUGCGGCAAAACAUAUUUUUUCUCAUUUUUGUGUCCAUCAUAAUCGACAAAUCCUGUGGAUUCUUUAAGCAUGCUGAACUGCAUUACAGAAAGCAUCAUCGAGUAAUAACAAAUGAGACAAAGCAAUACCUUCAGUUCACUUACGAAGACAAAAAUGACGAUGGCCCAUCACAUUGGCCAAGUUCUUGCAAUUCUGGACAUAACCAAAGUCCAAUCGCUUAUGACUUAGUUCCUCUACUUGCUGCUAGCCAUCAACAUCCAUUAAAACUCAUCGGUGCCUACAACACUCGACCAAAGCAAGUUCAUGUAAUUAACAGUGGACAUGGUGCGACUUUUUCGUUUGUUUAUCAGAAUAAUGCAGUUCCACAAAUCACAGGUGGUCCACUUCAUGAUGAUAUUUAUAAUUUUGCCAGUUUCCACUUCCAUUAUCCAUGUGAACAUCGAACAUUGAAGUACAGAAACAGAUGCAACCUUGAACUUCAUUUCGUUCAUUUUAAUUCAAAAUAUCAAACAAUUGAGAACUCGAUUGACAAGUCUGAUGGAUUGGCAGUAAUAGCUGUACUGUUUGAAGAAACUGAGUGGGGACAGCCACUAAAAUCACUUCCGUUCUUGCCAAUGCUUCAUCAUAUUUAUGAACCUGAUACUGAUUAUAGUGAAAUUUAUCAUGUAUUUUCAUAUGCUGAUGCUCUAGGCUUUAGGACGGUGCCUAAAAUUGUGUCAUAUAAAGGUUCAUUGACUACUCCUGGUUGCGCUGAGUCAGUCACUUGGAUUGUCGUUGAUCAUUUAUUUUUGAUUUUGGAAAAUGAUAUGGAUAAAAUUUAUAAAGUCCGUGAUCAUGAAGGAUUGAGAAUCAAGAGAAAUAACAGACCAAUUCAACCUAUCAAUGGGAGAAAAGUUUACGUUUAUAAUGAUUUAUAG